AUGAGCAUUUACCGCUGUCACAAGAUGGCGUCCUCUCAAACUACGCGGCAAAAUGGUGAUUACUACCAAGAAAACUACGAGGUCGAGCCUGCAGUUGGGGAAGAACUCCCAUCCGAAUUGCAGCAGGAACUUGCCCGGAUGGAAAAGCUGUUUACGGUCGAUACAGCCAUGUUAAAGAAGGUUACGAAGCGGUUCGGCGAGGAGCUGCAGCAAGGGCUUGAAAAGGAUUUCCAAAAUAUUCCGAUGAAUCUUACCUGGGUGACAUCGUGGCCCACGGGCGAAGAGAAAGGCACAUUUCUCACGCUUGACUUGGGCGGAACAAACCUGCGCGUCUGCCUCAUCACACUUGGAAAACGAGGUGAACCAGACCUUGUGCAAGAAAAGUACAAGCUACCCGAGUCCAUCAAGACAGGAUCUGCGGAUGAGCUUUUCGAUACUAUGGCAACAUCAUUGCAGGAGUUCCUCGACAACAAUCCGGAACAGGCACAGAAAUGGAGCAAAGACUCGCCCUUGCCAUUAGGAUUUACGUUCAGCUACCCUGCUACGCAGGAAAGGAUCGAUCACGGUAUACUCCAGACUUGGACCAAAGGGUGGGAUGUCAAGGAUGUGGAAGGAAAGGAUGUCGCGGAGUUGCUGACGAAAGCUAUACAAAAAAGGAACCUCCCAAUUAAACUUGUCGCUCUGGUCAACGACACCACCGGAGCAUUAAUCGCUUCCGCGUACAAUGAUCCCGAAACCAUCGUCGGAGCCAUCUUCGGUACUGGAUGCAAUGCUGCUUACAUGGAGAAGCGCAAGGACAUCCCAAAACUAGCUCGAUACAGCCAGUCGAGCACCAUGAAAUCGAAACCAAGCUCGAAUCAGGAUUCCCAGACCAACGAUGCUGACGACGAAGGGACGAUGGCCAUCAAUUGCGAAUACGGCGCCUUUGACAACUCACACUCGGUCCUCCCUCGCACCAAAUACGAUGAAAUCAUCGACGAAGAGUCGCCCCGACCUGGCGAACAGACCUUCGAGAAGAUGUCCGCAGGACUAUAUCUCGGCGAGAUAUUCCGAUUGGUUCUUGUCGAUCUGAGAGACCGGGGUGUUGUUUUACAGGAUAAGACAGCCAGUGGCGGGGGUGCACUAACAAGAUCAGACGCGGAAGGAGACCGAAAAGGUCUAGACGAGCCGUAUGCCCUUGACACCGAGUUUCUGGCCCUCGUUGAGAAUGACGAAUCUCCGGACCUUGUGGAGUCUAGGAAACGGUUCGAGGCGCAUCUACACCAUGCCCAGUCCAAGAAGCCUAUCUCACCUUCGCGGGAAGAACUCCUGUUCUUCCGUCGUAUUGCCCAACUGAUCGCCAUGCGUGGUGCUCGGCUUUGUGCGUGCGGCGUUUCCGCCAUCUGCCAGCGUCUGGGCAUUGACAAGGGGCAUGUGGCCGCCGACGGUUCUGUUGCCAUCAAGCAUCCUCACUUCAAAAGCAGGUGGGAGAAGGCUGUUGCCGAAAUCCUGGAAAUCGAGCAGGGCAGAGUGACCCUGACAAGCGCCGAGGACGGUUCGGGUAUCGGUGCAGCAGUCAUCGCCGCACUGACUCUCAAGAGCCACAAUAACGCAUACUGA